UGCUGUGUCUUUUCUCCUUCGGCCAUGCUGCUUCUGCCUCUGCUGCUGUCCUGCCUUUCUGGCCUGGCCUCUCCCGUGGAGGUGAAAAGACCCAGAGGUGUUUCCCUAACAAACCGCCUCUUCUACGAUGACUCGAAGCCCUUCACUUGCCUGGACGGCUCCGCGACGGUGCCCUACGACAGAGUGAACGACGAUUACUGCGACUGCAGAGAUGGCUCUGAUGAGCCCGGGACCGCCGCGUGCCCCAACGGUCGCUUCCACUGCUCGAACGCCGGCUACCGCCCUCAGUACGUCCCCUCUUCCCGUGUCAAUGAUGGGAUUUGCGAUUGCUGUGAUACAACCGAUGAAUACAACAGUGGCAUCGUCUGUGAAAAUACUUGCAAAGAGAUGGGCCGGAAGGAGCAGGAGGCUCUCAGGCAGAUGGCCGAAGUGGCCAGGGAAGGCUUUGAACUCAAGAAGGCGCUCAUGGAAGAGGCAAGCAAGAGGAAAGAAGAGAAACAGAGGAAGCUGUCUGAGCUCCAGGACGGGAAGAAGUCUGUGGAGGAUAGAGUGGAGGCUCUGAGGCUGCUGAAGGAGGCUGCUGAGAAGCCCGAGAAGGAAGCAAAGGAUGCCCACUCAAAGGCCUGGGAGGCCCAGAAAAUGGCCGAAACAGCAGCGAAGGACCAAGCCCGGGCGGAAGAGGCCUUCCGGGAGCUGGACAGUGACGCGGACGGAGUUGUGUCGGUCGCUGAGCUGCAGGAGCAUGCCGAACUAGACGUGGAUGGAGAUGGGAUCAUGUCUGAAUCUGAAGCCCAGGGCUUGCUGGGCGACUCCUUGCAGGCAGAUGUGGGCCAGUUCCAGAGCACUGUGUGGGCAGCCAUCAAGGAAAAGUACAAGGGAGAGAGUUUGGAUGACGUCCCACCUCUGCCAAAGACCCCCGUGGAGGAGUACCAAGCCCCCCAGCCUGACGCCCAUCUGGAUCCUCUGCCUACGGAAGACGACUAUGAUGACGAAGAUGAGGGAGAGGAGGAAUCUGAUGAAGAUGGUGUGGAUGAGGAGACGAAGGUUCCUCCGAUACCACCAUCGUCCGACAACAAGGCAGCGGAGGACGAAUUGGAAAAGAUGCCUCCUUACGAUGAAGCUACACAAUACCUAAUUGACGCCGCCCAGAAAGCCAGGGACCAAUUUGAAGAGGUGGAGAAAUCCCUGAAAGAUAUGGAGGAGUCGAUCAGGAGCCUGGAGAAAGAGAUCACCUUUGAUUUUGGACCUCACGGGGAAUUUUCUUAUCUCUACAACCAAUGCUAUGAGCUUACCACUAACGAGUACAUUUAUCGCCUCUGUCCCUUCAGCAGAGUAUCCCAGAAACCCAAGCACGGUGGUUCAGAGACCAGUUUGGGCACGUGGGGGUCCUGGGCUGGGCCGGAAGACAACAAGUUCAGCGUCAUGAAAUAUGAGCACGGGACAGGCUGCUGGCAGGGCCCAAACCGCUCCACCACGGUGAAACUCUCGUGUGGCAAGGAGACGAUGGUCACAACCACCACAGAGCCCAGCCGGUGUGAGUACCUGAUGGACUUUGUCACCCCAGCAGCCUGCCAUGACCCCAGAGAGGACCCUCACGACGAAUUGUGA